AUGUCUUUCGUCCAGCGCCGCAUGUUCUCCGCUUCGGCGAGAAACCUCUCCAAGGUCACCGUCCUCGGUGCCGCUGGCGGUAUUGGCCAGCCCCUCUCCCUGCUCAUGAAGCUCAACCCCAGGGUCACCGAGCUUGCCCUCUACGACAUCCGCGGAGGACCUGGUGUCGCCGCUGACAUCUCCCACGUCAACACCAAGUCCAACGUCAAGGGCUACGACCCCACCGCCACCGGUCUCGCCAGCGCCCUCAAGGGCUCCGAGAUCGUCCUCAUCCCCGCCGGUGUCCCCCGCAAGCCCGGCAUGACCCGUGACGACCUCUUCAACACCAACGCCUCCAUCGUCCGUGACCUCGCCAAGGCCUGCGCCGAGUCCUGCCCCGACGCCAACAUCCUCGUCAUCUCCAACCCCGUCAACUCCACCGUCCCCAUCGUCUCCGAGGUCUUCAAGGCCCGCGGCGUCUACAACCCCAAGCGCCUCUUCGGCGUCACCACCCUCGACGUCGUCCGCGCCUCCCGCUUCGUCUCCGAGAUCAAGGGCUCCGACCCCAAGGACGAGAACAUCACCGUCGUCGGCGGCCACUCCGGCGUCACCAUCGUCCCCCUCUUCUCCCAGAGCAACCACCCCGACCUGAGCUCCAACGCCGAGCUCGUCAACCGCGUCCAGUUCGGCGGUGACGAGGUCGUCAAGGCCAAGGACGGCGCCGGCUCCGCCACCCUCUCCAUGGCCUUCGCCGGUGCCCGCAUGGCCGAAUCCCUCCUCCGCGCCGCCCAGGGCGAGAAGGGCGUCGUCGAGCCCACCUUUGUCGACUCUCCCCUCUACAAGGACCAGGGCAUCGACUUCUUCUCCUCCAAGGUCGAGCUCGGCCCCAACGGUGUCGAAAAGAUCCUGCCCCUCGGCAAGGUCGACGCCGCCGAGGAGAAGCUCCUCGAGGCCUGCUUCGCCGACCUCAAGAAGAACAUCGCCAAGGGUGUCGCCUUCGUCGCCCAGAACCCCCCCAAAUAA